GAGCUGAAGCCGUCUCUGGAGGAGAGUGUGCGUCAUGACGUCAUGGCGCAGAAUACUUAUAUACAGGCGCCUGGGCGCCAUCUCGGUCCUUUGUGGCUGCGAGCCGGCUGUUCCUUUGGUCUCUGGUGCUGAGAACCGCGGCAGGCAUGACUCCAGUGUGGAUUUUGAUGGCUUCUGGUGGGCAGUUGUGUACCAGAAGGAUGACAACUACUGCUGGGGUCUUAAAGCUCAAGCUUGCUGUACCUAUGAGAAGACAGCCAUUGAGCAGACUUGGCUGGAAGUUGAAGAGGUGAACUUGAAUGCUUGACCUCUCAAAAACAGUUGGCCUGACUUUUUGAUGAUGGCUACAUGUUUUUUUCUAUGGAUGACUUCUUUGGGGUAAGACACGAAAACACUGCUGGCAUUUGGGCUUACAUUGUUUCUGAAAUGUGCUGGUCCAAGUAGUUGACCUUUGAUGGUGUUUUCUGAUGUUGGACAGAUCAAUCUUACUUAAUUACUAAGCAAGGUACUGUUAGUGAUGAUUUUUAUAAUAAAACAGAUGGGAAUCUCUCUGAAAAAGAAUGAAGUUUUUAAAAACUGAAACAGUAUCUUGAAUCACUAUCAUUAGUAUUUUGAAAUCUGUUACUACUUAUUAAAAAAAAAUUAUUUUCUGCAGGUGUGAAGAGAGGUAGCGACUACAAGGAAUGAGGAGUUCUAACCAAAGGCAGAUGUUCUGUUGUCCUGAAGAUUCAAGGGCAUUUAUGAUACCAGUCAGACAUAAUAGGCAGCCAGAUGGAUGCAUGUGGGAUAGAAGAGCAAACAACUUAAUUGGCUGCUGCUCUGCACAGCCUGUGGGAUCCUAGCUUCCGGACAAGGGAUCAGACCUGUGGCUGCUGCAGUGGAAGCUCAGCCCUAACCAUUGGACCACCAGGAAAUUCUCCAGCUUUCUAUUGUAAUAAAGAUUUAUAAGUCA